AUGUAUAGCGCAUCUCAUCAGUCCUCGGCGCCUAUGAAUGGCAUGUCGGGGGAAGUUAUUGACGGCUCGGGCACCAUCAACCCAGCAGCGCUGAAUACUGCCGCGUCGCUUUCUGCGCCGACCACUGCACCAUCGAAUCUUAGUCCUCGAGGAAUUAAGCGAAGUCGAUCUCCGGAUCAAUAUGGUGAUACUGGGUUAGACGGCGGAGAUCAUGAAGAUCACUCGAUACAUCAUGAUGAACAUGGCCGACGAAAGCGUGGGCGACCCCCGAAAACGUCGCGCCCGUCAAGUGCCACUACUAACACUACAAAUACACACUACGUUCCUCCUCACCAACAUCCCUCAGCCGUAGCUGGCGCAAUGCAAACGCCGCAAUUGUCAGUUCAACCUCUCCCUAACCAGACAUCUAUAUCACCCCCGCAACAUUCGCCGCCUGCGAAAACAACUCCUACAAAAACGCUAGUCAAGGCUCUACCGACAGUGCGCGAUCACACGACAGACACAUUGAAUGAAGGUCGCGACGAAUACCUAGCUAAAGAAUGGGACGAUGCUGGAGAGACCAAAGUUGAUAUGGAUGGCUAUUUGAAAGAUGGUCGCGUGUAUAGGUGUCGGACCUUUCGCGUACCUGGUCGCGGAAACAAGUUAUUCAUGCUGGCAACCGAAUGUGCGCGAGUGCUCGGCUACCGCGACUCCUACUUGCUCUUCAACAAAAACCGAUCGCUGUUCAAGAUUAUCGCAAGUCAAAUCGAAAAAGAUGAUCUCAUUCAACAAGACAUUCUUCCAUACUCUUACAGAUCUCGUCAGAUUGCAAUUGUAACCGCUCGAUCCAUGUUCCGUCAGUUUGGCAGCCGUGUCAUUGUGGACGGUAGGCGAGUUCGUGACGAUUAUUGGGAAAGUAAGGCAAGAAAGCAGGGAUUUACCGAGGAGGAUUUGGCAGGAGAGAAGCGGCCUGGAGCCGCCAAGGCUCGUGACGCAGCUGCUGCAGAGGCCGCUGCCAACGCCGGUAUUUUGCCAGGUCUUGGUCAAAAUGAUAUCGUUUAUAGCACUGCAAUUGAAGGAAUGCCACAUCUACCUCCCGGUCUAGCAGGCCAUGGAGGCGUUUCGCUUGCGCCACUUCCGAUGAUUCACCUAGCGCCUACGACAGAUGACCCAAGAUUACGAGAAUAUAGCUCUAUGCCCCGUCCUCGGCAGGAAAUGACAGGGCAGGCAUAUCAAGACCGAUCUCAACCCAGCACAGCUGCAGAGAUUCGCAAUCAGGCUACGCACACGGCAGAAUUCAACAAAAUCCUAAACACACAGCGAGCGUUUAGGCAAAAAGGCUUGGAAGAAUUUUAUACAACACCUCGUGAAGUACCCACAUCUUCGCCGACUCAUGCCGAUGUAGUCGCAGCUGCUACGGCACCGGCCUCGCAGCCAUUGCAGUCACCACAAAUGACGCCUUCAGGCGCCAUAAUGAAUCAGACGACGCAGCAGCAUCGUGGGGUUCUUGCCGGGCAACAACAGGCGCAACUGAUGACUCCACCAUCUCAGACUGCGUACAGUCAACAACAGCAGACAGCGUCGCAGGUAACCGUACAGUCACCGUUAGGGAACAAUAUGCAUGGUAUCCUGCCUGAUGCGCUCCACGUGAGGCAAGCUAAUGCAGCGGCGCUGUCAUCGGCGACAUCACAGACACCAACAUACGGCUAUCAAUCGCAGGCGCAGCCGAUAUGGGGACAACCACCGCCUCAACCACAGCAUCAACAACCAACCCUGUCCGCAUCACCUCACAUGGGAAUGUCACAAUACGCAGGACAAAUACCGCAACAAAGCCCGUCGUCACACCCAGGCAGUGGUCAACAACCGCAUCCAUCGCAGUCGCCACACAAUCAGGCACGGCCCACACAAGCGAUGCCCCAAGGCAUGCAGAUGCACCCCCAGGUUGGGCAACCGGGCAUGCCAUCGAUGGGAUACCAAGCUGGGGCAGUUACGUAUAGCAACGUACCAAACCCUCGAGCUAUGUAUGCACAAGCUCAAUCCCCCAUUCAGCAACAAUUUGUGCCUGCUCAAGCGGGUGGAAUGACAAUGGCGAUGGGAGCUGGAGUCGGCAUGCCAGGUUGGCCAUCUCCAGCUGGGGGCGGACACAUACAACCUGGGCAACCCCAACAAGGCCAGGCUGGUAGCCCACUAGGAGGAUGGUCCAGUUAUUAG